UGUAGGGGGUUUGUGCUGUGACUUUUUUUUGCCAUAGUCAUAGAGAAAGCAUUCUCAUCAGCGUGUUUGUGAAUGUCCCACAGCUCCGUCUCAGAGAAUACAUUCUUGACACCCGUAACAAAGCGCCCAUCUCUCCUGACGACGUGCUCAACAUCCUGCCCGUCGUCAAGCACAUAACCAUGACAACCACCGACGCCACACGGAUGUUCACGGCGGCUCAGAACAGUCUUCAAAAAGGGUUACUGGAGCAGGCGUACGAGCAGCUGAAAGAAGCGACAUACCUCUUCGGUCGUGUGUGUGAUGACCUUCACCCUGAAGCCUGCCAUUGUCUCAGUCUGCUGGCCAAAGUGGCCUAUGUACAGGGUCAUCCUGCUGAGGCUCGUAGCGUGCAGCUGAGGGUCGUGGUCAUCAGCGAAAGGGUUCUGGGUUUCGAUCAUCCCAACACCAUUCAGCAAUACGUGUUGUUGGCAGUGUAUCUGUUAGCUGGAGGCGAAACCGCUCUGGCUCAACGCUGCCUGUAUCGUGCCAAAGUUCUUCUGCUGGCGGUUCACGGAGCAGAUCAUCCUUACACUGCAGUCAUUGAUGCUUCUCUGGGAUUGGUUCUUCAGGGAGAGCAGGCAUUACAGUAUCUACAGAGUGCACUGAAACUCAACAGCUCCUUCAGGGGAGACGCAGACCUGACGACAGCUCUGAUGCACCAUCUGCUGGCUCAGAGACUGUGUGUGGCUGGAGACUACAGAGGAGGCAUGAAUCAUGAAAAGGAAGCGCACAGCAUCUUCCAGAGCAAGUACGGAGAAGAUCAUCCUCAAACCAAAUGUAGCUCUGAUUUCCUGAGGAACAUUACCCAGCAGGCUGUGCGUGUAGAACGGUCAAUUCGUCAGGGAGGUGCAGAGCUUUGUGAUACUCCACCUGAAGGUUUGGUUCCCUCUCAGGACACCACGCUGGAGCAGCUCGCUCUGGUCAAUGGCAUACUGAAGACUUCAUACAGCACAAGAAUGAUGGAGUUCAAAGAGAAGCUGAAAGAGAUGAAAGCAGCAGAAGAGGCUGAAAAGGCUAAACUGGAGAACUCUGAAUCCACCGAUAAGAAUGAAGCUUCAGAGCUGCAGAGCAGUAAUGGAGAGGUUACUGAGGAGGCCACAGCGAAUGGGGAACAGACACAAGAGGCCACAGACGCAAUUAUCACCUAA